AUGGACCAUCACUGCUGGCUGAUUGGAAACUGUGUCGCCAUGCGGAACCAUCGCUUCUUCACACUCAUGGUGGUUUGUGGGUGUUUGGCAUGGACCUCCGUCUUGGUGAAGACGCUGUGGGACUUCUUCCUGGAGGACGUCCGAGAAGUUUGGUCACUACUCGGCUUGGCCUUCUUGGUGCCCUUCUCGCUGUUCCACGUUUCAGCUUUGCUUUGCAACAUCACCAGCAAGAAUGCCUGUGGUCAUCGCCGUAUCAGUUGGACAUCCCGCCGGAUGAACGGUUUCGAGGAGUACGAUCAGAUUUUCUGUGGGCCACUCCAGCACCUUGGAGAAGUUGACACAAGCGGCCCGUUAUGUUUCUUUAAAUGUCCAGUUUAUCCCUAA